CCCCGACUACACCUCGCGAUCGCAGGAACACGCGUCACACUCCCUCUGCCACUCACUCACUCGCGACUCGAUCGGGGACCUAGUCACGCCGCAGGCGUCAGAUUAUCGGUCGCUCCGGGCGUGCGCGACUCGUAUAAAUCGUACGUUCAGGGAUGGCCGUGGCGUUCCCGGCGCACAUCAUGGCGCUGAGCAAGGUGCAGCGGCUGUACGACGCCUGCGACGUCGUGUUCUCGUCGCCGGCGGCCGCGCCCACGCUCGGCGAGAUCAGGUGGCUGCAGCAAAUCCUCGAUGGCGUGGAGGCAGCGGACGUCGGGAUCGACGACGGGGAGAAGCCGUCAUCGACGUCCCCGCCGUCGUCGGACGACGAGCUGAGCCCCAAGAGCGGCCGGCUCCUGCCGGCGCGGGCGUUCACGCGGAUCACCUACGUGCACAUACACCAGUGCGACGAUUUCUCGAUGGGCGUGUUCUGCUUCCCGGCGGGCGCGACGCUGCCGCUGCACGACCACCCGGAGAUGGUGGUCCUGAGCAAGCUCCUCUACGGGUCCGUGCGCGUGCGCUCCUACGACUGGGUCGCCGCGCCGCCGCGCUCCGCCGCAAGAAAAUGUGGCCUGGCGAGGGUGGUGGCGGCGGACGAGGUGCGGCGCGCGCCGGGCGAGGCGUCGGUGCUGUUCCCGCGGAGCGGCGGUAACCUGCACGCGUUCACGGCCAUGACGCCGUGCGCCAUCCUCGACGUGCUCACGCCGCCCUACUCGGAGGAGCACGGCCGGCCGUCGACCUACUUCACCGACGUCCCGAUCUCGUCCCUCCCAGGUUUUGCGUUCUUGGAGGAGACGGAUCUGCCGGAGGAUUUCAGCGUCGCUGGGGCGCCGUAUCUUGGGCCCGAGCUGACGGUCGAUAUGGAUGAUGACGAUGACGACUACGACGACUACGAAGAAUAGUCUAGAUCUACAGAUGCUAGCAAUAGAUAGUUGCGUACGCACGCUCUCUGUACAGGCUAGUUACAAGUUCUUCGCCCCCUGUGUGUAUACUAGGAGAGUUUUCAGAGUUAAAGUUUCACUGCAAGUUCAUAAUA